AUGGAGUCCGCCAUGUCUGCUCCAGACGACCGUCAAGACACGGCUACGGCUGAGCUCAGCGGAAACAGCUACUAUCCUCCACCCCCACCUGGUCCGCCGCCAGCUCAGGCUCACAGCCAGACCCAACCGUCGACACAGCAGCAGCAUCAUACCGACCAGCAAUCUUCCAUUCUGCAAAGCCAACAGCAGCCAAAUCCCCCGCAAGAGCAUGAUUCAUCGCGUCUGCAGUCUCAGAACCCAUACUUGCCCCGGCCCCAAGACAAGCCCUCUACCUCCCAGCAACAGCAACAACAGCACCAGCAACAGCAACAGCAACAGCAAUACUCUAUUCCGGCGUACAAUCCUGCCAAUCCUGUAUUUGCUCCGCCUCCAGCCCAGUCUGGAGCCAGUGUGUCGACUGCCCCCCAGGAUGCCCAACAAUUGUCCUCGCAACCGCCGUCUUCGCAGCUAUCCUCCGCCCAGCUGCCGCAUGAAGACGCAGAACAUGGGCAGAAAAAGCCCAGCUGGGGCGGUCGCUUCAAAAACAUGCUGAGUGCGGGAGCUGCCGCCCCCAUCAACAGUCUUGCUCACAAGCUCGGAAGUCAGAGCUUCUUGCCUGAGACGCUUGACAAGGAAUGCGACAAGGCUGCUUCUAUCCUCAAGUCCUUUUGCACCAAGGGCGUUUACGCCGACGACGACGCCGACCAGCCGCCAACAUCGACAGACCCGAAGGCCGAGGAAUCAACAGGCGGCAUCGUUGAUCCAACCAAGGAGAAGCCCAAGAAGCGCGUAAUCGUCACAAUCCCCCCAAAGGUCAUUUCUAGGGCAGUUGGUCUCGCCAUUUUCACCACGCUUCGUGCUGGCUUCCAGGUAUCAGGUGCCACUGGCUCCGGUAUCCUGAUUGCUCGAUUGCCCGACGGAACGUGGAGUCCCCCCUCGGGCAUCCAGGUGCAUUCCCUCGGGGGCGGAUUCCAAAUCGGACUAGACAUCUACGACUGCGUAUGCGUCAUCAACAGCAAGGAGGCGCUCGCGGCAUUCAUGAAUACCCGCGUCAGUCUUGGCAGCGAUUUGGCAGUUGUGGCAGGUCCAUAUGGUGUCGGAGGAGCCGUUGACUUUGGGACGGCUGUGCAGAGGGGACGAGAUGGAGUUGAUAAACAAGCGGCUGCCACGUCUGCAACCCCUGCUGUUGGACAGACCGGCGCAACAGCAGAGGCACAGAGCUCAAGCACCCUCAAACCGGGUCCGACGGAUGCCUCCAAGCGUCGCAGCCUCAGCUCCAGUGCCUUCAAGCCAGUCUUCUCCUACGUCAAGUCGCGCGGCUUUUACGCGGGGGUCCAAGUCGACGGGACCGUGGUCGUGGAACGAAAGGACGCCAACGCAGCGUUUUACGGGGCUCCUGUUGCAGUGCAGCAGAUCUUGCGGGGACAGGUUCCUGCCCAGGGCCCGCAGAAUAUGUCAACGUGGCCCGUCGGGGCCAAAGGGUUGCUGGAGACGCUCAAGGGGGCCGAGGCUGACGCGGUCGGCCGUCAUGCUCGCCAGCAAGCAGAAACCGCGCAGGCUUCUCACGGGCAGUCUGCAGCGCCGGGUGCGAUCCCGGGUGCUACGGAAAAAAACCAUGCCUCUGGCUUAGCACAAGGUUCAUCUGGCGCGCCUCCGGCGUACGUGGAUGAUGGGAGUCAUGCUCAUGUGGGGGAUGUCAAGUAUGCUUAG